ACAAAAUAUUCGAUAUGUCGAUAGUGCUCUACUCAGCCGCCAGCUAUUUUUGUGAAACUGCUUGUCAAAAUUAACCGAAAAUAUAUUUCCAUUUAUAAGUUUUCGAGUCGGUGUUGAUGCGACAACAGCGGAUUUAACGUAUCAAUAUUGCAAGAUAGAUUGAAAAUUAAUAAAAUAUAAUAGCAACACCGGAUUGCAAAAAUACAGCGCGGUAGUGUGAGAGAGAGAGAGUGCAAAAGAGAGCAGCGAAUGUGAUUCGAUUGGCAAAAACGACACAGCGAUACACCGCGACAUCGACACCGAUUAUCUUCCCCCCUCCAUUUGGCCAGCUAGCCGUCUGUUUUUUUUUUUUGCAGUGAAAGGUAAAGAAAUUAACAGAUUUAACACCCGCAAUUGACAAUAGAGAGACAAGACAGCAGCGGACGGCCGAUAAAAUGUUAAUAAACCUAAAGGUGAAAACUUUAGAUGCGCGCACACACGAAUUCAGCAUCGACAAUGAGAUAACCAUACGUCAGUUCAAGGAUCAAAUUGCCGAAAAGACGAACAUUGCCGCCGAAAAUCAACGCAUCAUUUACCAGGGCCGGGUUCUGGCCGACGAUAAGCAAGUCAAGGAAUACGAUGUCGAUGGCAAAGUGCUGCACGUUGCCGAGCGUCCGCCGUUCUCGCAGCGCGGCGCCAACGCCACAAAUAACGAUGAACCGAUGCGCGGUGGCUUCCGCAACAUGGCCGGACGUCCGGCUCCGAGAUUGCGCAAUUCGCCGUAUUUCCGAGCACUCGACGGCAUGCUGGUGGGCACCAUGGCCAUACCAGUGAACAACGGACCAUUGACCGCCACUGGGACUCGCACGCCGCCGAAUCGUUUUCCCAACUCCUCGUCGUUCUGCAUUAAUCGCAUCACCGUUGCACUUCACAUGAUCGAUUGCGCCAACAAUAUAGCCGCCUAUCUGGAGAAUCCCGAGGUUGGCUUGAACAAUCAAUCGCUGGACAUUUUGCAGCGUGGUCGCUGGACCAUGGAAUCGACGGUCGUCGAGGUGGGCGUCUCCUCAACGGACAUGCCACGCAACAACAACAUCAUUGAUAUGGUGCAGGAUGCAGUCACGGCGGCACUGUCCCGCAACACACCCGGACGCAACUAUACGGUGGUGCAGCUGCCCACGGUUUACACGAACGAGGGGGGAGAAGCGCAGCAGCAACGUGCCGGCAAUGAGGGAGGCAGCGAGGGAGCUGCGGGUGGAGCCGCCGGCAGCAGCGAUACGAGUGAGGAGACCACAGCCGCCGCUGCGGUGAUCAUUGAGGAUGUCAUCGAGACGGAUGACGAAGCAGCCGAUGGUAGCAUGACAUUGCCCGGUGACGACGAACGAUCCGCCUCGCCACAGGCAGCGUCAGGCUCCAACGCCGAGGAUGUGGAUGCCACAGCGGCUGCUGAGGACAAUGGCUCCAAUGUGGCCGUGACUGGCAUUGGUCCACGGCGUCGAACACGUCCUCAGGUCCUGGCGAAUGUCAUUCAACGUUAUCGCACUGUGCAGACUCGUCUGUCGCCCUUCGUGGAUCGCUACUACGAGAUACUGGAACAGGAUCCCGCCUUUGAGGAGCAGGACAAUGCAGUCCGCGAGAAUGCUCAGCGCAUCUUUGAUCGCGUCUCGGAGGCAUUCCACUAUCUAUCGCAUGCCCAGCAUGCCAUCUCGGAUCUGAUGCUGGAUCUAUCGCAGCCAGGACCACGUGUGCUCACCUGCCGUCCCAUACUCGUGGAACAGAGCGGCUACAUUCGCUCGAACAAUAUAUUCACGCCCAAUUUGGUCGGUUCGCCACUUCCAGACUUAACGCAUACACCUGCAGGUCCGGUGCUCGCUGUGCCCAUGUUCCCGCCGCAAUCCGGAGUCGUUGCCACGCCGGCGACUGCAACUGCAACCGCUGCACCUGUUGCAACCAAUCCCGCCCCAGAGCCAGUCGGGAAUCAGCUGUUUGAACAACGACGGAGACAAGCUCUAGAAGCUGCCGAGAACCGACAGAUCGCGGCUGUAGCCGCUGAAGCAGCCACUGCAGCUGCUGUCGCCGCCGGCUUGGUCUCAGCCAGCGACAACGUCGAGGAUCCUGUGGAUGAGCCCAUGGUUGCACCACCAACUGCCCCCGCAGCUGGUAAUCAGCCACAUCAACAGCCACGUCCAGAAAUGGAUCCUCAGGUUCAAAUGGCGCGCCUGAUACAGGCCGUGGUUAACAGUGCAACGAAUGAUGCCGAUAUACACGUGGGAUUCAAUGCACCCAACAUCAUGUCCAUCAAUUUGCCCGUGCAUAUGAUGACAGCUGCUGUGCAUCCUCAGGGACGCCCAGCAGCCGCCACCGAUGGCACAGGAGCUGGGGAAACAAAUGCAUCUGCUCCAAGUGCAGCUGGAGGCGCCACUGCAACCUCGGGUGGCACACGCAGUGGGGAACCUGGUGCAGAUGUGCACGUGGGAUUCAAUGUACCCAACAUAAUGUCGAUUAAUUUACCUGUGCAUAUGAUGACAGCUGCUGUGCAUCCACAGGGACGUCCAUCAGCCGCCACAGACGGCACAGGAGCUGGUGAAACGACAGGCGCUGCGGCAGGUGGAGCAGCUGCUUCGACCUCAAGCGGCACACGAAGCGGGGAGCAACGUGCAAAUACAUUACCCACAACGGCGACACAGACGCGUUCCACAUCGCGACCCCAAAUACAAAUUGGUGGCAACAACAAUUGGGCUGGCAGGAUUGCACCGACGCACACCGCCUUCGAUCGCUUCUUGCCCUGCAACAGUCAUCACAUUCGGGAGCCAGAACCCUUGCCCCAAAACAACAACAAUAAUAACAACAACAAUAGCAGCAACAACAGCAAUCGCAGAGCGGCAACCGCAGAUGCAGACGCGGGUUCCAUUGCUUUGGGUGGCCCUGACAUCGCCGUUGCUGUCACUGGGACAGUCAACACAGCCAAUGCCAAUGCCAAUGCCGCAUCAUCCACAGGAGCAGCAGCAGCAUCAGCAGUUGCAGCAGGACCUGUCGUUGGCUCCGGUUCCGGCUCCGGUUCCUCCAGUUCCGGCAUUGCAGCUGCGGAGAUGAGCAACCUGCGUGCCCAGCUGCGAAGUUUCCUGCAUCACAGCGUCUUCGAGGGCGCGCCCAUCAACGAGGAGACAAUGCCCACAGCCAUUGGCCGUGCCCUGGAGUGGUUUGGCGAUAGUCUUCUCUAUCUGCCACAAUAUGAGCAACCGGAGUACAAUUCCCGUGACUCGGUGUGCAACACGCUGCGUCAGAGUCUGCGUCUGAUCAUCGAGCUGUGCAAUGCUUCUGGAACUGGAGUUGAUGCCCACUUUGAGCAGCGGUUGAAGCAAAUCUGCGAACAGUUUCGCAAGCGACUCUACAGCGUGCUCUUCCUGUGCCUGGGCAGCGCCAAUGCGGAGCUCUACUGGCGUCAACUGAUGCGUCUGCUAUGUGUGCCUCUGCGUUCAAACUUUCGCAAUGAAGCCUUGCAGUUCUUGUGCAUCUACAUUGACCCAACAAUUCCAGCACACACGGACACCGCAGAUGCCCAACAGUUCCUGGUGCUGCGCAAUGCGCAGUCGACACUUCCCACAGACGUCGCUCAACCUUUCGUUGCGCCUCCGCCGCUUGCCUUUCCUUCACAGCCGCCGCCGGAGCAGCAAUCCCUUGACAGCGACAUUGAAAUGGCCGACGUUGCCACCAGCAGCAGCAGCAGCAGUGCCACAGAACUGGAGACGCCACUACCCACUGUUUCAGUUGGCUCUGAGCCUUGGCACAACAAUUUCGUGAAUGAUUGGUUGCCGGUCAUAACGCGGGACUUGCAGACGCAAUCAGAGCAGAACCGAGCACAGCCUCCGUAUUCCGAUGCCUACAUAUCCGGCAUGUCAGCAAAGCGACGCAAAAUCAUUCAGACGGAGAAGCCGUCAUCGAACGUGGAGUGCCUCAUUGCCAGCGGAGUGCAGCGUGCAAUACAGAGCACUGGACUGGGGGCACAAAAUGCUACCGGCGGCAAUCCUGUCGUGAAUCCAGAUCUUGUGAUUGGCGCUAUUGCGCACGAUGCCGUUGUACAGGCAUCCUAUACGGAUUCCGUGCGCUCGAAUGCCCGGGAGCGUAUCAAGCAGGAUGUUGAUUACAAGGCAAGCAAAUAUCCGCAGAUCGCCAAGUUCACUGAGCAAAAGUAGGAGAUAGUAAAAUGACUAUAGAGUUGGCUUAGUGCUUGUUGUAAAUUUUACUUUAAUGAAAAUACUGUAUUUAAUUUAGUUAUUGAAUAAGUUCUCUUUAAAAGCUGGCGGCAAACUAUCUGUCUGCCUGGCAACGACGACGAGAGGUCACAAGAAGUGCUCGGAAGUGCAUGCUUCAAUUUAAUAUACAUAAGCAUAAAACUUAUAUACCGCUGAUAUACAUACAUACAACCACAUACAUAUAUAUAUAUAUAUAUAUAAACAAUAAUUAAUUGCAAAAAGUACACGAAAUUGAAGGUCUAACAUUUUAUGACAACUGCAUAAAAGAAAGCUAAAUAAAAGUACAUACACACACACAGAA